AUGGCCAUCAGGGUGAUACGGGGCUACCGGACGAUUUCCUGCGAGGCGGCGCGGGUGCUGGCUGGAUCUCUACCCUGGGACCUGGAUGCGAGAGCCCUCUCAUCAAUAUACUUUUGGCGGGAGGAGGCGCAUGGCCGGGGUGACACGCCAGCACCACGCGAGGUGGAAGCGCAGCGGGAGGAAAUACUCCGCCUGUUGCUACUGGAGUGGGAGGAAAGGCUGGCACAGCCUAGUGCGGGCCUGAGAACCAUUCAGGCAGUUCGUCCAGUCCUCCGACAGUGGUUGGACCGGCGACACGGGGUGAUGACCUUCCGGCUCACUCAGAUCCUCUCGGGACAUGGCUGUUUUGGGAGGUAUCUGCAUGUUGUAGCCGGAAGAGAGCCGACCGCCGAGUGUCAUCACUGCGACGGCUGCCCAGAAGACACGGCCCAGCACACGCUUGAGGCGUGCCCAGCCUGGGCGACAGAGCGCCAAGAACUUGGUGCCGUUGUGGGGCGCGACCUUUCGCUGCCUGCUGUGGUCCAGGCCAUGGUUGACAGCGAGAGGUCGUGGAAGGCGGUUCUCACAUUCUGUGAAACCGUCCUUCGAUCCAAAGAGGAUGCGGAGCGGGAAAGGGAGGCUACUGCCACCGACCCUGCACGUCGCAGGAGACCCGGGCGGAGACGGCGGGCGGAUGUCGGCCGUCUUCCGCCCUAA